AUGCUCCAGGCUCCGCCUUCCGGUUCUAAAGGCGGUCUUCUUUUGGCUUGGAAGAAUGAUAUUAACUUUGUCAGUGUGUGUGUUUCUAGUAAUAUUAUCUCUGUUUGGUACUAUUCUGUGGAUCCCUCUGUGAAAUGCUUGUUCUCUUUUGUCUAUGGCCCCCCAUAUAAGAAAACUGACUUAGACUUUUGGAUGGCUUUGGCAGAUUUUGGUAAUACUUAUUCUAUUCCUUGGAUUUGUUUGGGUGAUUUUAAUACUAUUUCAUCUUCUGAUGAUAAAUUGGGUGGACGUCCUUUUGACCAUUUCUCAUUUAAUCCCAUCAAUGAAUUUAUGGAUUCUUUUGGUAUGGUGGAUUUGGGUUUCUCGAGCAAUCCUUUUACUUGGUCUAAUCACCGACAAGGAUCUCCCUCUUAUUGUUUGGCAAAAAAGUUGAAACUCACCAAAUCUGCUAUUAAGCAAUGGAAUAAGCUUUAUUUUGGUGAUAUUAAAACCAAGGUUUUUCAUACUAGUACUUUGAUUCGUCGGAGACGGAAUUCUAUUAAUCUUUUGCAAUCUCCUCAGGGAGGUUGGCUUUCGGACCGUUCAGCUAUAGGGGAUUGUUUUAUUACUCAUUUUAAAUUACUUUUUACUUCCUCCCAUCCUUCACCCAAUGAGGAGUUAUUGAGUCUAUUUGAUCCGGUUAUCUCGGCUGAGGAUAAUUUGCACCUAGGUUCUUUGCCUACGGAAUCUGAGAUAUUUGCUUCUUUAAAGAGUUUAGGGCGUACCAAAGCCCCUGGUCCUGAUGGUUUUACUGCUUUGUUUUAUGUCAAAUAUUGGGAUUAUAUCAAAAACACUGUUCUUCUGGCUAUUGGGAAUUUUUUCCAAAAUAAUAAUUUGUUGAGGGAACAAAAUCAUACGUUUAUUGCUUUGAUUCCAAAGCGUUUGGGUGCAUCCUCUGUCCAUCAUUAUCGGCCUAUUAGUUUAUGCAAUAUUAUCUACAAGAUCAUUUCAAAAUUGCUUGCUAAUAGGUUAAAGCCUCUUUUAUCCAAAGUUAUUUCACCUUUUCAGACAGCCUUUGUUCCUGGGCGACAUAUCCAGGAUAAUUCUAUAUUGGCACAUGAAAUGCUUCAUACGCUCAAAUCAAAGAGGGGUAAUGGUGGUCUUAUGGCGGUUAAUAUUGAUAUGGAAAAGGCAUUUGACCGUAUGGAAUGGAGUUUCAUUAUUUCUAUUCUUAAUACUUUGGGUUUCAAUGACAAAUGGAUCAACUGGAUUCGUCUCUGUAUUACAACAACUUCUUUCUCGGUGUUAUUAAAUGGUAGUCCUUUUGGCCAUUUCAGACCUUCUCGGGGUUUGCGUCAAGGUGAUCCUCUGUCUCCUUUUCUUUUCAUUAUUGGUACUGAGGCUUUAUCUCGUUUACUACAUCACCAUUUAAGGGGUUUCAGUGUUUCUCGGGACAAUUUGGCCAUCAAUCAUCUGCUUUUUGCUGAUGACUUGGUUAUUUUUACCUCCGCAACAUCUUCUGAAGCUUCCAGGAUUAAAAUUUGUUUGGAUAAAUAUAGCCUUUGUUCAGGACAAUCUAUCAAUAUUUCUAAGUCUAAUAUUCUCUUUAGUAAGAAUACUACAGCUUCUACUAUCUCAAGUAUUCAGGGAUUCCUUCCUUUUGCUAUCACACCAGUUUCAGCUAAGCAUCUGGGUCUUCCUAUGCUUAUUGGUCGUUCUAAGAAAUUUGCUUUUUCCAAUAUCCUUGAUAAAGUUAAGGGGAAAAUUGAGGGCUGGCGUUCGAAGACUUUCUCCCAAGCUGGGAAAUCCGUUCUCAUUAAGGGGUCUUAUAUUUGGAAUGAUAUCAAGACCAUUGUUCCUUUUCUGAAAUUUGGAGCUUGUUAUAUUUCUCAUUCGUUAAGUUCACUUGCUAUUUGGUUUGCCCCAUGGAUUCCCACGUUGCCUAAUUUCCGGCCUACUCCUCGGGUUGAGGGUUUACAAGCAAAUUUUCCUCUUGCAAUAUUGGAUUUAGUUUCUUCUUCCACAGGGACUUGGAAUUUUCCUUUGUUGGAAUUCCUUUUUGAUCAGGCUUCUGUUUCUGAGAUUCUGAAGAUCAGGACACGGUUUGAUACUGAUUCAAUUCUAUGGACUCCUUCAUUGACGGGUGUGUUCUCUACAAAGUCAGCCCAUUGGUUCUAUACAUCUCAAAGGACUUCAGUUGUUUCCCCUUUAUCUCAAGCCAAUUGGAAACUUCUUUGGAAGUUAAAAAUAAAUCACAGGCUUCACCUCUUUCUCUGGAAAAUGGUUUGGAAUAUUCUUCCCACCAAGGAACGUAUUUUGUCGGCUAUUUGGACUCAGUCUAGAUCUGAUUCAACAUGCUCCCUGUGUUCUUCUUCCACAGAUUCUCUGGUUCACCUGUUUUUGUCUUGUCCCAUUGCUAGGGUCGUUUGGCGAAAUUCUUUCUGGCCAUUGGAUAUUCUAGCUCUGCGUAUCUCUUCUAUGGCUGAGUGGUUCAAUGUUAUUCUUCAUCCACAUAGAAUUGGUAUUCCGGCACCUGAUUCUCACUUUUUCCAAAUAUUUGCAGCUGUUGCUUGUGACCAAAUUUGGUUUGCUAGGAACAAAGCUCAUCAUGAGAAUUUAAUUCCCAAUGCUAUGGCUCUGUCUGUCAAGAUCAAUCGUCUAUCCAAAGAACAUUAUUGGGCUUGGAAAUUAAAGGUCACACCUGUUUUUCCUGAGUGGAAACGACCAUUGGCUUCUUCUUUCAAGAUUAAUUUUGAUACUGCCAUUAGGGAUACUUUUUCUACUUAA